AUGAGUUAUCGAACCGUAGCCUAUUACGUCAACUGCUUCAUGACCGAUAGCUGGGCGGACACCGACAUCCAUUGGGAAGGUGAUUCAUGGAACGAUACCGGCACCAACGUGUAUGGCUGCCUCAAGCAACUCAAUAUCCUGAAGAAACACAACCGGAACUUCAAGGUGCUGCUCUCCAUUGGUGGCUGGACAUAUAGCUCCAACUUCCCCGCUCCAGCUAGCAGGCCCGAGGGCCGCGACACAUUCGCCAAAUCCUGUGUCGAGCUGGUCAAGAACCUUGGUUUUGAUGGUAUCGAUAUCGACUGGGAGUAUCCCAAGACUCCGGAAGAGGCAGGCCACUUCGUUGAGCUUCUCGCCGAGGUCCGCAAGCAACUAGACGAGUACUCUGCAAGAGCUGCUGACAAUUACCACUUUGAGCUCUCGGUGGCCUGUCCAGCAGGGCCUGACAACUAUCAGAAGCUCGACAUCAAGGGUAUGGAUGCAUACUUGGAUUUUUGGAACCUGAUGGCAUAUGACUACGCCGGUUCUUGGGACAAGACCAGUGGUCACCAAGCCAACCUGUAUCCCUGCAAGGACACACCUGCUUCCACGCCAUUUUCUACCGUCGCAGCUGUCGAUUACUAUACUCAAAACGGUGUUGCUCCUGAUAAGCUAGUCCUUGGAAUGCCGUUGUAUGGUCGUGCAUUUGAAAACUGUGAUGGCAUGGGCCAGCCUUUCCAAGGUGUGGGACAGGGUACUUGGGAGCAGGGCGUGUACGACUACAAGAAGCUGCCCUUGGAAGGUGCAGAGGAGCACAAGGACGACGAUUCAUGUGCCACUUACUGCCAGAAUCCUGCUGCGCGUACUCUCGUCACGUACGACACUCCGGAACUAGCAAGGAUCAAAGCCGGCUUCAUCAAAGAGCGCGGACUAGGUGGUGGUAUGUGGUGGGAAAGCAGUGCUGACAAGACAGGUGACAACUCGCUUAUCAGUACUGUCGUUGGCGAGCUCGGGGGCACAGAAGCACUGAAAAAGCAGGAAAACUGCCUCAAGUAUCCUGAGACCAAGUAUGAUAACUUGAGAAACGGAUUGCCCGACAACUAA